CAAUGGCCAACCACAGAUUCAGUUCCGUGUCCGAGGAAGAACCCUGCUGCAACAUUUCCAAGAAAACCCAGAUCUGUCUCUGCGUCUUUUUUGGUCUCCUGAUCGCGGUGAUCAUCGCGGUGCCGGUCGGGAUCCUGAUGUGGCGCCCUCCGCUCAAGCAGUGGAAGGGGGAGGGCACCACUGCCCAUUUGUACGAGAUCCUCCUGGGUCGGUGCUACACCUACACUCAAAUCGUGCGACCUGAGCUGGGACACAAAGACUGCCAAAAGAUAGUGAAGGCAUUCACAAAGGCAUUUCUUUCAAAGGAUCCUUGCAGCAGCACAGAACAGGACUAUCAGCCGCUAAUGGAGCUGACAGAUGAACCAGUCCCUUGCAACAAGACCCUUUUUUGGAGCAAAUCCAGUGAGCUGGCGCAUGACUACACGCGGGUCCGGCAGGACAUGUUCACGCUGGAGGACACACUGCUGGGCUACAUGGCGGACGGCCUCAAGUGGUGUGGAGACCCAGGCUCUUCUGAAAUGAACUAUCACUCUUGUCCCGACUGGAGGGAAGACUGCAGCAACAACUCUUUUUCUGUAUUCUGGAACACGGUGUCCAAAAGGUUUGCAGAAGAUGCCUGUGGUGUGGUCCAUGUGGUGCUCAACGGGUCCAUCAGAAACACCUUUGAUGAAAGAAGCACUUUUGGACGUGUGGAAGUCUUUAAUUUGCAUCCAGAGAAGGUUAAUAGACUACAGGCCUGGGUGAUGCAUGACAUUGGAAGUGUUCACAGUGACUCAUGCUCAAGUUCCUCCAUAAAUAAUCUGAAACAGAUUCUAAAGAGAAGAAGUAUUACAUUUUCUUGCCAGAAUAAUUACAGGCCUAUCAGGCUUCUUCAGUGUGUGAAAAAUCCUGGGCAUUCAUCUUGCGGAUCUUACAUAUGAGCCAAUCAGCACGGUCGUUUCAGAUCUUUGAGCCUUGCAGUAUACAUUGGCACUCGUGAUUCAGGAGACACGCUGCUGGGAAGCUGAAGACUUGGGGGGGAGGAGAUCUUCUGUCAUGAUGCCAACACUAGAGUUAGAAGCUUUUCCCCCAAACUUUUAAAAUAACAUGUUAUUGGCAUAGUUUUUAUUUUGAUUUCCUAAAACUCAUGAAAAAAAAUUAUGGUAUAAAAUUAGAAUGAAAAUUUUAUAUUAAGUUAUUUCAUUUUAAUUUUCAUAGGUGCUUUUAUGUUGUUUAUAUGUUGGUAGCAUCCUUUCUGUUGAAAAUGACUAUACCAAACCUCUCUUAUUGGUGCAGGUAAUUGAGAGAAAGUAAAUGACCAUGAAUGACCUUGUCUCAGGAUAUAUUUUUGUACCCUUUCUACAAAUAAAGUAUAAAUGCCGUGGUUAUGGGUCAUGUUGGGGAACGAAUUCUAUAGGAUAUAAGCUACUCAUGUGCUUUACCUCCCACUCUUCCAACAGCCCUAUGAGGUUCGUACUGUUAACUCCCAUUUGUUAGGUAAGAAAUGGAAGUUCAGAGAGGUUAUAUAAUUUGCCUAAAGUCAUACAUUUAGUUCAAGGUAGAGGCUGGAUUUCAACUCAGCUCUGUCUGACUCCAAAAUAUAUAUGCUCUCUUUCUAGGCCUAUAAUACAAGCUGACAUGCUUUAUGUUCUCUUCUAAUAAAUGCAUGUUGGAUUAAAUU